AUGAGCUCUACUAAUGCCGUAACAGUGUCCAGUAAUGCAUCAGAGGCUGAUAGGUUACUUCUGGAUAAGGCAUUUGCAAGUUCUGUCGAUGCUUCUCAAAUUGUUAUACGAGUCAAAAAGCCGGCUGUGCCACCUACAUCGGCAACUCCAAGUACAGUAUGGCAAGAUUAUGCACUUUCACUAGAAAAACAGGAUUCUGAUAGAUUACACAAAAUACGUCUAAAGAAGGCGAGUGAUUCGACUGCAACUAACUCGUCUCGACCCCGGAUUAACUUAUGGGAUAGAAGAAACCUUUCGCCAGUCAACCUUUUAACAUCGAAAUUAGACUAUGUGCUUUGUGCACAUUGCAGCAAACCGCUGCUCACAGAAGCUUUACAAUAUCACGUUGAAUUUACAUGUCCCAAAGUGAACAGAAAAUCGUCGUCUAAUAUUUCUGAGGCUGAAAUUUCAGAGGUAAAGUUAAAUGGUACCACUAAAAAGAGAAAAUGGGACGAUACAAUGUCUUCAACUUCGUCUCCUCAUCCUGAAGACCCAACCCAGUCUUUGAAUGGGGAGGUAACACCGAAAAAAGUCAAGAAAAAAUACGUCAAGAAGCAAAAAUUGGGUCAUGGCUCUGUAUCCAACGGCAAUGGUGGUGACGACUCUCUAGGCUAUUCUAUGGACAGCCCUUCUGCUGAAGGAACGCCGGAGAAAAAGGCAAGAAAGUCAAAGAGAGAAAAACUUGUCAAAUCAUCAGCCUCAAAAAGUAAGGGUCCAGUUGAUGUGGAACGACAAUGUGGUGUUGAAUUGCCAAAUGGUGGUCUCUGUGCCAGAUCACUCACCUGUAAGACACACUCUAUGGGAGCCAAACGUGCUGUAAAAGGCCGUUCUGCACCCUACGAUAUUCUCCUUGCUCAAUAUCAACGCAAAAAUCAAGUCAAGAUGGCCAGUCUUAGCACUGCUCAACAACUGGCUGAUGAAAACGAAGCUCUCGGUGGAUCAACGCCUCUUAACCCUGACGAAGAAGUGCAACAGGUAAUGGAGGGUGUCCAGCGGGCCUAUCCUAUCCCACUGGAACGGGGUGUGAUAUUUCCUACCAAUCUUAAAAGCAAAUUUUUUCGUAUGCGUGAGAUGCUUGCAAAUGCCCUGAUACCUAAAGGCUCUCCUCCCGGUCUUGGUCGUAUUAUGGGACGGGCGUCUGCCUUUAAUCCUGAAAGUCCCACCACUUUGCAUUUCGUUCGACCCCCUGCCUUGCAAAGAACUGCGUAUCUAGCAUCGAUUCGCCAACAACAGCUACUGCAGCAACAGCAGCAAAAGCUGGCUUCUGGAUCUCAACUCCAAGCUCAACAAAACAUGGUAUCGGCUGUAGCGCCGUCAUCAAGACAAGCAAGUCCUUCAAAAUAG